AUGGCAAUAUCUUCCGUGACUUUUACUUCCGAUUCGUCUUGCACUUCUGUCCAUGGCUUUCUCGCUGUUAAGGCUGGAGGUCUGUUAAGUAUAUGUAACCCUUGCACGGAGCAAUUUAUCGAGUUCCCCAGUUGCACCACACACGUGGGUUACGAUCCCAUUGGUGAUCAAUACAAAGCAUUAUUCAAGCGGAUGGUAUAUGAAUUUCGAAAUGGAAUACUUAGUCAUCUUCCUGAGCUAAAGGUGUUAACACUUGGAGAAGGUGGAGGAUGGAGACUUAUUAAACCUCCAACUACUAUGCCUAACUUUAAGACCCUGUCAGUGGGAGUAAGCAUCGACGGUUUUGUCUAUUAUGGUGCAUAUAGCCCAGCCCGACCUACGAAUCCAGGUAUUGUGUGUUUUGAUGUUAGAUCUGAGAAGCUAAGUUAUAUCAAAGCACCUCCGGCUGUCGUGCGCUAUGGUGAUGAUUCAAUAUUUAUCGAAUACAAAGGGAAGCUAGCUUCCAUUGUUCCGGCAGACCCUUAUGGUCGUUUCGAAAGAUUUGAUAUGUGGGUACUAGAGGACGUCCACAAACAUGAAUGGUCACAUCAUAUGUGUGUGAUUCCUCUUUCCAUGUGGGAUUUUGUUGGUGGUUUCCGAUUGUCUUUUCCAGGCGCCAACAAGGCUGGUGAGCUCAUCAUGGCCCCAACGAUGCUGUCGCGCCAUGUUCAACCUUUUUACAUCUUCUACUACAAUGUUAAAACAAGAAACAUCAGAAGAGUCAGGCUCCUUGGAAUUGGAGACAAUCAAGAGUUUAGGCGCUCUUAUGGAUUCGUAGAACAGUCUGAAUGUCAUGUCCGUAUCUCACCUCAACACAUCGAGAGCAUUGCCUUCUUCAAGAAUCCUACUACGUAA